AUGAGGAAAAAAUUUGAACCACCGAAAGCAAGGAAAAUUCCAGCAUAUUGGAUAAACACACCAACUCAUUCAACUCUGUAUGCUCCAAAGGAGUUCCCAGAUCUCGAAUUUAUCAUGAUGAAAACUCCAAUGAAUCCAAAGUUGUUAGAAACAUUUCCUCCGGAGUACAAAUGGACAUUUUAUGCAGCCGCAAGUACUGCUAGAUCCAUGUGCCCCCAAAAUACCGAAUUUAUAGCAAUAAAUGUUGCGAAAAAAGGCAGCUACGUGAGUGAGAUAGAUUGGAAGACAACGGGCAUACAUUAUGAAGAAAUACCAGUUCAAUGGGGAAAUACAAUUUCAAAUGUCGAUCAUUUCUAUAAAAUUGUCGCAAAAUAUAAAGAAAUCACCCAAUUCAAGUUAUGUUUCCUUGUAUACUCUAGCAGAGGCUAUGAUAAGCCUGCGUACCUCAUUGCUUCUGCUUUAUUAAGCAAAAUCCCUGAAAUGGCCGAAACUAUAUUUACAGACAUCAAAGCCGUCCAUCCACCAGGUUUUCUGAAGACCAAAGCAUUACGCGUCCUUUCCCAUGAAUAUGGCUUGAAUCUAAAGGUCCCUGACGAAGUUGAGAUUCCUGAGUGGUAUUUUCCACUUCCUGUUCCAGAUUCUGGCGUUCCUCCAAUUCCUCUGUUAAAAGUAAACUUCCCCGGCCUACAAGAAAUCGGUGCUACUUCAGGAAAUGGAGCUGAUGCGAAUAAUGUAAGGAAAAUCUUAGGAGAAUACGGAAUUAUUGAAGCGGGUCGCUUAUCGUCAACCAUCCACAAUACCAUUUGGUCAUCUCAACUUCUCGGAUUGUUCGAAACUACAAAAUUCAGAGUCACAUUUGAACCAGAAGGCUCUAGUAUUUUAAUUUUGGCAACAGAUCUGAACUUUAGCUACGUAAUAGAUAAGAAUGGAGAGGUUUGGAUAGCUCCAAUCAUCGCAAAAACGCAAUUACCGUUGAUAUGUCGUGGAAUACUACAAAAGAAGCGCGGUGGCUCAUCAAACAUAUUUUUGAUCGAUAUCAUGAGAUGUGGACAGCUCAAUUUUGCAGAAGAACCUAUAGAUAAUCGAAUUUCGUAUCUUUGGUCGUUCGUUGUUGAAAAUUUAUCGACAAAAGAUGAUAGCAAGAACAUAGAAUUUAUCGUUCGUACUAUUGCUUUACUCAAAAACGCAAGCGACGUUUACAAAUGGAUAUCUAAGAUGAAUUUCCGUUGUUCAGGAAUUACUUUGGUUCCAAUCGAAGGCAAUCUUAAUGGUUCGAUAUUUAUACCGCUCAAUGGCUGUCUAAUUCCUUUCCAAGCUUCAUUACAUGAUGGCCAAACCGCAAUUAUCUAUUCCAACAACAACGGCGAGAUGGUUCCUGUUUCCUUUGCAAGGAUAGAUGCAGAAGCAACAGGAAUUGACGGCAGAACAGUCUACGCUUAUUAUUCCCCCGAAAUUCACAACUGGGUCAUCAAAAAAUACUCUCGAGACUUACAUAGAUCGAAUUACAGCUAUGUCUGUUCAAUGAUGAAGUUCUUUGAUACUGAUGCUCACACAAUUGACGUAUUGAAGUUUUUGGUGUCCAGAUUUUCGAAUCUUUGA